AUGAUCUUUGAAGAGCUGAGGAGAUAUAAAGCUCCCAUAAGAGAGAUGAGGGAGCGAAUGGACCGAGCUAGCGCUAUGGUAAGGGAUGGGAUUAAUGCCCUGGAAGAAGUGUUGGGGUCUCUUGGGAGCCCCUUUGACCCUACUGACCGCAAUCAAAUUGCCAGGGAACUUUUGAAACAGGAUUAUGCUCAGACAGUCUACAGUUCAAUUCUAAGCAAAAUAGAUCCCGAAGAAGGACCUAGCCAACAGAACGAAGUCACAUCUCCCUCUGUCCACAAAGAUCACGAUGUACUUCCUCCAGCGUUCAAUGAUCAUGUUGCGUCUCAUCCAGCGUUCAAUGAUCAUGUGUCUCCUCCACCGUCCGUUGAUCAAGUUAUACUGCCUGUUGCUAGGGAUCAUGUAUUUCAAGUACACAUGCAAGAAUUUGCCCAAGUGAUGGCGAACAAUAUGCUUCGCAAUCGGCUACCAGUCCCUGUGCCAUGUACAUUCAGUGGGAACCCUCUGGAAUUUGUUGAGUUUGAACGGAGUUUUAGGACCUUAAUUGGAGAGCGAAUUCCACCCGCUGAAAAGUUGUACCAUCUCAAGCAGUACGUCACUGGUCCUGCAAAGGAUGCCAUAGCUGAAUUCUUUUAUGGAGAGACCGAGGCUGCUUACGAAGGUGCAUGGAAAACCCUGAAAGAACGAUACGGACAUCCAUUCAGGGUUCAACAGGCGUUCAGGGACAAACUGAGCAACUGGCCGAAAGUCAGCCCUAAAGACGCUCCAGCCCUGCAGAAAUUCACCGAUUACCUGGGGAGUUGUCGCGAUGCAAAGCCAUACGUUGAAGGACUGCAGGUCCUUGAUGACUGUCCGGAAAAUCAAAAAUUGCUAAACAAGUUACCUGAAUGGCUUGUCUUGCGAUGGAACCGUGUGGUGACUGACUCCCUUGAAAAAUGCAAAAGAUAUCCAAGUUUCACAGAGUUUGUAACAUUUGUGUCCAAGGAAGCGCGUAUUGCGAAUAACCCUGUUUCCUCAUUGAUCGCAUUAAGAGGCCAAGAAGUGUCUUCUAAAGGAGAGUCAAGGAUCAACGAGAGAAGAGAAGUUGCAAGUACCAAGGUCUCUGCCUUCAGAACCGAGGGCUACGAAAGGGACGAUAGAAGAGCAUCUGCAGGGAUGAAGGAUGCAAAACUAGGUGAUGAAGCUUCUGCAUCAAAUCAAUCGAGGGAAAAGGAGCAAAAUAACAAGUGGACCCCAAAGCCCUGUAGCUUGUGCGCAGACAUGAGUCACCGGUUAGAAAAAUGCCCUCAGUUCAGGGCCAAGACGUUAGAAGAACGCAAGGAGUUCAUUCAAGAAUCUCGCCUUUGCUUCGGAUGCUUGCGGAAGGGCCAUUUUUCGAAGGAUUGCACAAGGAGACACAAAUGUGAUACCUGUAGUAAACGCCAUCCGACCCUCCUUCAUGAGUAUCGCUCUGACAAAGUUGAUGAAGGAACACACACCGAAGGAUCCAGUCAAGACAUGGUUACAUCUAACAAGGUACACACUGGCAAUCAGGCCAGUACUUCGAUGAUCGUACCCGUGUGGGUGUUUUCUGCGCAAGCACCCUCCACAGAGAUAUUGACUUACGCUCUCCUCGAUACGCACAGUGAUACCUCAUUCAUACUCGAAGAUGUGGCACGAGCCUUGAGUGUAAGCAGCCAACCAGUUUGUCUUAAACUUUCCACCAUGACUUCUUCAUCCACAAUCGAUUCUGAUGCAAUAUCUGGUCUGUCUGUUAGAGGUAUGACGCUUCCCACUAAGCUUAAGAUAGAGAAGUGUUACACCCGAGACUUCAUUCCAGCUGACCGGACACACAUUCCAACAAGAAAGACUGCUGAAGGGUGGACUCACCUACAAUAUGUAGCACCGGAGAUACCCGCACUCCAAGGAUGUGAGGUCGGAAUGCUGAUUGGGUACAAUUGCUCAAGAGCAUUGGUACCUAGGCAAGUUCUCACAGGUACGGAUACAGAGCCAUAUGCUGUCCGGACUGACUUGGGCUGGUCUAUCGUGGGUUCCUCAGCAUCCAAAACUGUCGGAGACUGGACAAGCCAGUGUCAUAGGGUUACCACGAGAGAGAUGCAAAUGCCCCUUCCCUUCAAGAACCAGCAUGAACUGCCCAACAACAGACGGCUUGCAUCGAUUCGGUUUCAGCAUCUCAAGGGAAAGAUGGAAACAGACGAUCAAUACAAGGAUCAUUAUCUGGCAUUCAUGACAGAUAUAGUCAAUGGUGGCUAUGCAGAACGAGCUGAGAAUAAAGCACCUCUAGGACCCACUAACUACAUUCCUCAUCAUGGAAUAUACCAUUCAAAGAAGAAUGAGCUCAGGAUAGUGUUUGAUUGUUCUGCCAAGUUUGCUGAAAGGGCCAGCUCUGACCAACAACUUGACUGGGGUCCUGUGCAGAUUCAGGAAGCACAAAGUAGCUGUGCUCUGUGA